AUGGAGGAGCUGAGCAGCGUGGGAGAGCAGGUCUUCGCCGCGGAGUGCAUCCUCAGCAAGCGGCUCCGCAAGGGCAAGCUGGAGUACCUGGUCAAGUGGCGAGGCUGGUCCUCCAAGCACAACAGCUGGGAACCCGAGGAGAACAUCCUUGAUCCAAGACUCCUCCUCGCUUUCCAAAAGAAGGAACACGAAAAAGAAGUGCAGAAUCGGAAGAGGGGGAAGCGGCCCAGGGGCAGACCCAGGAAACACGUGGAACCAGAGAUGCCUGCAAAAACUAAGUCAAGUAGCUCUUCCUCCUCCACAUCCUCCUCUUCCUCCUCCUCUGAUGAAGAGGAUGAAAGUGACCUGGAAGCAAAGAGAGGUCCCCGCAGCAGAGAGACUCACCCAGUACCCCAGAAGAAAGCUCAGAUCUUGGUGGCAAAGCCUGACAUGAAAGAUGCUUCCAGGAAGAAGCGUGGGCGAAAACCUCUUCCCCCAGAGCAGAAAGCAGCUCGAAGGACAGUGAACCUGACAAAGGUGCUGAAAACAUCCCGGAAAGAGGUUGGUGGCAGCAGCAAGCUGCUGGGAAAGCUGCAGCCCCAGCACAGCACACAGGGCUCAGGCAUGGCCUUGCUGAAGGACCCACCAGGAGCCUUGGCUGGGCUCAGCACAGGGGGUUCAUCUGCAGAGAACCUGCCCAACAUGAUGAAAAGUGGUUCAACCAGCCCCAGCCGGGCCAUCAGCUGGCAGAGCUCCAUCGUGCACUACAUGAACAGGAUGUCCCAAAGCCAGAACUCGGCAGAGACCUCGCCCCUGGGCAGGCUGGCACUGAAGGCCCAGGCAUCCGGCAAGAGCAGCUUAGGGUUGGACUUAAAAAUGAGGAACCAGAAAGGAUCUGGGGAGCUUGGGCUCAGCAUGCCGGGACCCAAGGCUGCCAAAGCUCCCGGCAGCGGCGCUGGAGGGGACCAGAAAUCAGGGUUUCCUGCAGGAGGCCAAGUGAUGCACAAUGGCAGCAAGACACCAGCAAGCUCGUCUGGGGCCAGCAACCAGCCAGCCUCCAACCAGGAGCUGAACCUCCAAGCCCUGAACUUGCAGAGCGUCAAAAAUGGUCCGAGUGGGGCCAGCGGGAGCAGCCUCCCUCGCCACCUCUGCAGCACCCUGGCCAAAGGUGGUGGCACAGCCCCCAGCGGGAAGGGCAGCGCAGUGGGCGCCGGGGUGAACACUGCUGGCACUGGUACUCUCUCAGGGGGGGACGGCAGCAAGAGUGAGAAGCACCGAGCAGGGGACAGGGACUUGGCCAAAACCAGCACGCAGGAGGGGCACACAGCCGUGGAGAACCGCAAGCCGGCCACGCUUUCCGAAAUGAGCACAGGCGAGGAGACCAGCUCGGAUUCGGACCGGGAUUCGGCAUCCUUCCCAGGCGUGGGUCAGAACAUGUCUGUCUCUAUCCAGACCAGCCAGGACUGGAAGCCCACCCGCAGCCUGAUUGAGCACGUCUUUGUCACUGAUGUCACCGCUAACCUGAUCACUGUGACGGUCAAGGAGUCCCCCACCAGCGUUGGGUUUUUCAACCUACGGCAAUACUGA